AUGCAAUCAUCCUCCUCUAUAAUGAUGGGGGAAGGCAGUGCUCUAGCAGAAAGUCUUUCCUCCUUUCAUCAAGGCAAACCCCGCAAUGGAACGGAUUCCGUGGUUACAUCAUCACCACCAAUAGUAAUAACAGAGCGACAGCAAACGCCAACAACACAACUUCGUCCAUCGAGAACCCUCAUGGGCAUCUUUUCCUCAGCCGACUCGUCCAGUGUCCUCAUGCGAAACCGUCACCGGACUCUGAUUGGACUAUGGAAUGACACUCGAUUGUGCUCUUGGACCAAAAUUACAGAGGAUUGUCAGCUCGUCUAUGCCUUUAUCAUUGGUGCUGGGGAUGCUGCGUCGGCUCCGACUCAAUUGGUCAAUGAAACGAAUGGAAAGACCAAUGAAAAGUGGCCCUUAUUGGUGGAGAAACCAAUUGUCACCGAGUUCCCAGACCUAAAUGAAGAUGACACGGUCUUGUUGAAUAUUCGGGAGAAUAUGAAUGAUGGCAAAUCCGAAUCCUUCUUUUAUUUUGCUUCUACUCUCAUGGAGCAGCACGAUAUUGAUUAUGCCAUGAAAUUUGAUGCGGAUGCCUCCCUUUUGUUUCACAAAUUCUUGGUCUUUGCCAAGAAGGAACUUCCGCCAGCUCCCUAUUACAAGCGUAUCCUCGCUGGCAUUUUGCGGGACAAGGAUCGUUGGAAGACACCCCAAGAUCCUGCUGUGUACCAACAAAAGGAAGGUUAUUGGAUUCAAGAAUACGAUAAGGUCCAUGUCUAUUUGGCGGGGCAAUGUUACCUGUUGAGCCGUGAUUUGGUGGAAUUCGUAGUACAAGAGGCACCACGAUCCAGUGCCUACCAAGAAGGUCACGAGGACCAUGAUUUGUCCGCCAUGGCAUUUCAUUCUCCGAAACCUUUGACAUUACUCAUCAUUCCAAAGAAGCAUCGGUUUUGGGAACAUCCGGUCAAGGGGAAACCAAGAUGGUUGGGAAUUUUGAAACGAGAAACCGCACGCAUGAAGGGUGAAAUCUACAAGGGCAAGAAGCUACGAAUCCACUAG